AUGUUUCACAGAGUUGCAACGUUGGAUUCAUCAAAAAAACCGGGGAGCGAUAGCAGUGAUUCAAAUAAUGAUGAAGAAGGUCAUCGUCAAGAGUUUUUUGUUGGAGGUGGCGCAAAUAGUGGGCAACAAGUUCUUGGACCGAAUAGUUCUCAUAAUGAUGAUAUUGCAUCACAGUUGUUCAAGUUGGCUCGAGUACAUGGCGCGGAACCUCUCACACCGGAAGAAAACGCUAAAUAUGGAACUCGAAGUGCAGUAAAGUUUGUAUCCAGUGGAAAAGGCUACCGUUUGGGUGAUAAUGUGAAGCCAUCGGAGAUGGUAGAAGCAGCAGUUACAGAAACAGAAAGUCAAGAAGUCGUGCUUGUAUUGUAUGACAAUGGAUUCACUGUCGAUGAUGGUCCACUUCGUUUGUAUGGUGAUCCUUCUAAUGAUUCAUUUCUGCGAAAGAUUAGCGAAGGGCACAUCCCGAGUGAGCUUCUACGAGAAUAUCCAGGAAAAGUUAUUGACAUUCGUAUGGAACGUCGUAAUAAAGGAUAUGUGGAACAUCCAAAACCUUUCACCGGUCAAGGUAAAAGACUCGGAAGCAUUGUUCCUGCAUUCACUGGUACUGAACAGAUGGAAGGAAGCACUGAGGCUAGUAUAAACGAGAAUAUCGAUCCUAAUUGUGUUAAUAAAGCUCAAGAGGCUAUAAAGUUGUCAGAUGAGGAACCCAUUACACGUGUUAAUAUUCGUUUACCACGAGGAGGACGUAUCAUUGGAAAAUUUAAUCAUAGCCAUACAGUCAGAGACAUUCGUAAUUUCCUCAUAGCAGCAGCACCAGAUUAUGCUUUCCGUACAUUCAAUUUCAUGACAGCAUUCCCACAUAGAGUGAUCGAAGAAGAAGAUGUUUCUUUGAAAGAAGCUGGUUUAUUAAAUGCAGUUAUUAAUCAAAUGAGUUUGAGGGAAGUCAUUGGUUUGCGAGUUUGGACUAAAUUCUUUCGGAUCAUCAAGAAUUGUGGUGGUUUGACUGGUUUCGUGAAAAAGCGUUAUUUGUAUAUUGUAAAUUUUAAAGAUAUUCGAUUCAGAAUGGAUGAAACAAGGAUCGGGAAGCUGGUGGGCGAAGACAAGUUCGGCAAUAAGUAUUAUGAAGACAAUUCUUAUUUCAUACCUCGAAAUCGCUGGGUUGAGUAUCCAGAACAUGUAUGGCUUGAAUAUGACCCUUCUCAAAUUCCGUCAGAGUGGCACAUGUGGUUGCAUCAUAUAACAGAUGAAACACCGGUUCAAAAUCCUCCAGUGCAAAGAAAAUGGAUGUUAGAUCACGAAGAGACCUUAACUUUGUUAAAUGAUCGCAAAUAUUAUCCUUACUCAACUACAAGAGAGAAACUCACCCUCUGGAAUCCUAACUAUAAAAAAGCGAAAUAUUAG